UUUAUAUUGAAUUAAAAGUAAAGAUGUCGAAUAGUAAAUGUAUUAAACAAUUGCGUAAAAAUUAUGUAAAAGAUCAACAAGAAAUGUCACAUUCGGAAAAGCUACGAUUGAUAGACGAUGAAUUGAAUGCGUUUUACAAGUAAAAUUUUAGAAAAUUUUUUAUCUUGUUAUAUUUUUUUAAAUGUAUAUAAUUUUAAUUUUCUUUAAUAUUGUGCUAACUUUUUUUUAAAGAAAAUUAUUUGAUAUGUACAAUAUUACAUUCUUUAUUAUUGAUAUUGUCAACAAGCUGGCUUUACAGAAGAAGAAAUGGAUAUUAUUUGUCAACCAUUAGUAGCUGCAAUGCGGCGCUCUUGGUUACAACUUGUUAUCAGGGGAACACUUGUAUUAAUUGUUCUUGGUACUUUAGCAUGUCUAGCAGCUCAACUUGAUUUUGUUGGAACUCAUUUUACUGCAAUUAGUCGUCUUUUACUUAUCAAAGUUCUACCAAUUUGGAAUUGGCAACCUUUGUACUAUGAAAAUUGUAUGAUUAAUAAUCCUUUUUAUAAUGAUUAUAUGAUAACUGAAGAAGAUUGUGUGACUUGUGAAGCUUUGGAAACUAUUGACCGUUUAUCAGAUGUAAGAUAUCGAAAUCUUGUUGAUAAUUAUCUGAGCAGAGAUGCACCUGCAAUUAUUACAGAUGCAAUGGAUUCUUGGGCAGUUAUGAAUACAGAUUAUUUUUGGUUCGAUAAUAUUACUCAUCUUUAUUUAGAAAAUGAACGCUUAAUGGAAACAGUACCAUGUGCUUUGACUUCAAAUUUGAGAACUGGUUCGUCUGACUUGGCAGCAUUUUUGCGUCGGGUACAUUCACCUGAAGUAGCUAAAUGGUUCGUCCAUUGGCAAAAUUGCGAUAUCAAUGCAGUGAAAGUAUUGAGAAAGUAUUACCAACGUCCAUAUUUCCUUUCAAGUACUGUCUCACCAGCGCAUUUUAAUUGGGUUCUUAUGUCUUCGGAUUAUAAUAGUCCAAGUUAUAAAAAGGUUGAACUAGAUUCAGGUCUUAUAGCUUUAGCUCAAUUACGAGGAGCUACACAACUUCGUUUGACUCCUAUAAAUCCUUGUAAUAGUUCUUGUCCUGAAUUAGUAGCAGAUUUGCAUCAAGGCGAGAUGCUUGUUUUUACUAAUUUAAUGUGGACUUUGGAAUAUGCGCCGAUGAGAGGAUUAGACAACAUUGCAAUCUUGACUGAAACUGUCUGGGAGGAGGAUACAUAAAUCAUAACUAUUUUCUUUAUAUUGUGUUAGUCCAUGAUACUCUUCUAUGAUAAUCUAAGUAUAUAUUGCUUAAUUAAAUUAUAUACAUGUAUAUUCAUUCUGCUAUCAUAGUUCACAUUAAAUAAAAUACUUCUCUCAUCUAA